GGAGCUCCAGCAUUCACCGGAAACAGUUCUCGUUCACGAAACCAUCAUAGAACAUCCUCAUCAGCGCUUUUGUUAUUGAUGAUGACGCAAGGCUCUCUGGAAUUCAAGCCCACGUCCUCUGAACCCGUGAAUUCUGUGAGCAGUGUCAAGAACGAGGUUUUGAUCGAUGAUUCGCGAGUGGAAGACAUCGGAGCUCGGCUGGAAGAGCACGAACUGCCCGUCAUAGGCACCUACGUCGACAAGAGGGUCAUCCCGGGAUUCCUGUACAAAGUUCGCGUCAGUGAUUCGCCCGACUACCUGUUCGAUGGUCAGCCGAUGCUUCUCGAGAGCGUGGGUCGUGGUUACGGGAAACGCAUCACCUUUGAGAGCGAGACGCGGAACGAUCCGUGUAAUUAUUUCUACUCUGACUCCGCGAAGGAAGGCUUCGCGUUCUCGCCCAUCGCCGUUCGCGUCGGGGAUCAGUUGGACGUUCUGCCCAUAUCCGGUCCCCACAUGGAUAAGAGUUGUGGACGACUCCAGGUUGUGAACAUCACUCGUUAUCAGCGAGAGCUCGAGAUGCGGCUGGGAGAGGACGGCCGGAGUUUGACGAAGAAGAUCGAAGUGCAUUUCACGGCCAAAGUCCUCUCGGCAACUGAUCUCCUACUCUCGUGUAAAGUUCGUUCAUGGACGAGUGUGGAUUGCAUUGGAGUCUGUCACAUCGUCAAGAAAAAAACUUCGAAGAGAGCCGAGAUCGAUCACGUGGAUCUCCUGGUUGGAAGUUGUCUCGCCGGCUUCAGGCUCGUUCCUCCGUCGUCUGGCAGACACCAUACGAGAUAGCAGACGAGUUGACGGACUCUAUUACGUCUGACUAGAUAAUCGCUAGAAGCGGCGUCCCAUCCGUGCCUUGAUGGAUAUAUACAUAUCAUUUCGAAGACUUUAUCUCGUGCCCUCAAGCAUGUAUGUACACUUUGUAAAUGGAAAGCGGAAAACUGCUCGAAGUGG